GUUCCAGGUGUGACGAAUGACAAACAGGAAGUUCGUGUUGGAGUGUGGGUAGCGAAGAUUCUAUCAAACAUGUCCAGUGAUGUCAGAUAUUGCGAGAAGUUUUCCUAUGUACUCCUGAAGUUCACGCUUAUUGCCUAUGCUAUGGUCUGGUGGCUAAUAGGAGCCUUUAUCCUGGCCAUCGGCAUCUAUGCAGAGGUGGAGCGUCAGCGCUACAAAACCCUGGAAGGGGUAUUCCUGGCACCAGCCAUCAUCCUCAUCCUCCUGGGCGUGGUCAUGUUCCUGGUCUCCUUCAUUGGCAUGCUGGCUGCCCUCAGAGACAACCUGCUGCUGCUCAAGGUGUUCAUGUACACGCUGACCAUUUGUUUGAUCCUGGAGCUGCUGGGUGGAAUUCUGGCACUGGUGUUCCGAAAUCAGACUGUGAACCUGUUAAACAAGAACAUCCGCAAAGGCAUGUUCAAUUACUACGAUGAUCUGGACUUCAAAAACCUCAUGGACUUUGUGCAGAGGAAGUUCAAGUGCUGCGGCGGGAUGGAGCACAAGGACUGGGAGGUGAACAUGUAUCAUAACUGCAGCGCUCCAGGCCCCCUGGCGUGUGGUGUUCCCCACACCUGCUGCCUCACCAAGCCUAAUGAAGUGGUGAACACAAUGUGUGGAUACAAGGUCUUGAAUAAAGAGAGACUGGACCUGCAGGAUACCAUCUAUAUCAGAGGCUGCACUGAUGCUUUCUUCAUCUGGUUACUAGACAACUACAAAAUCAUGGCUGGGCUGCUGCUGGGAAUUCUACUGCCUCAGUUUUUCGGCGUGAUCGUCAGUUGGCUCUACAUAACGAGAGUGGAGGACGCCAUCAGAGAGUACGGUCACUACCAGGACGGCUUGCUAGAAGACGAACCCCGCACCACCAAGGAGCAUGGCAGGGUAGCCACGUGGUACAACUGUAUGCCAGACAUUGACUGAGUCGGUUGGGAACCUGGCUGCUAAAAACAUAAUAUUGAGAGGUGGAUGUCUUAAUAUAUUUACCCCAAAAGCCACAGAGGUUGGCUGUCUCCAACCCUACCAUACCCCUAAACCACUAUUACUGAAAGGUGCCUUGAAAGGUGUUGCACUGAAUAUCUUCUUUCAUCUAAGAGGGGCUUGAAACCCUUCUGUUGUUCUGAUGUUCUAGUACAGUAUUGUGCCUAUUCUAGUACAGUACUGUGCCUUUUCUAGUAAUGUGCUGUGCCUACCUGUCUACUGUGCCUACUCUAGUACAGUACUGUGCCUACUCUAGUACAGUACUGUGCCUAUUCUAGUAAUGUGCUGUGCCUACCUUUCUACUGUGCCUACUCUAGUACAGUACUAUGUCUACUCUACUAGUGUGCCUAUUCUAGUACAUUACUAUGUCUGCUGUGACUACUAGUACUGUGUCUUCUCGUAUAAUUAAAGCUUAAUAAGAAACA